AUGGCCUGGGGCUGGGAACAAUCCGAUGAAGCUCACCGUGAGGUGUACGGCGAGCGGAGGCACGAGAGCCACUUCAGCCACGAACUGAUCGCCGGUGCCGCUUCCUUCGCCGGCAUGAAGGCCUGGGAGGACCACCAGCGCAGGGAGGGAAAGCCCGUCAAGCACGCCUUUGCCAAGGAGGCCAUCGCUGGCCUUGUCGGUGCUGAGGUGGACAAGCUCGCCGAGAGCAAGGGUAUGGACGAGUUUGACCGUCUCCGCGCUCACGAGCACGCCAAGAAGAAUGCCUACCAGAUGUACGACGAGCACUACACCCAGAGCUACGGCGGUGACGAAUGGCAUCCCGAGCGCCACCCCCGUCCCGAGCGCUUCGACCGCCCCGGCCGAUGGUAG